AGUUCUUGUCUUCGUCUUCUUCCUCGACCCUUCUCUCUAUCUCUCCUCCAUAAACUCCAGAAUCUCAAAACUAAAACCUUAAAAAGACCUCUGCUUUGAGAUCUUCAAACCGAUCACUUCUCUCCGAUGAUGUCUAUUUCAAGACUACUAAUAAUCUUCGCAAUAAUCUCUACAACCUUCUUCACCGUCAGAUCAAUCCGAUUGGUUCCAGACGAUAAAUCUUCAUUCAACGAUGGAUCUUCAGAUUUCAUGGAGGCUCCAGGAUACCAAAACGGACCAGAAUGCUCUGUUUUACUCCAAAACAAUCUCUUCUUAGCUUGCGACCCUUCAGCUAUUCACAUAGCCAUGACCCUUGACCCAGCUUACUUGCGUGGCACGGUAUCUGCAGUCCACUCAAUCCUCAAACACACCUCUUGCCCUCAAAACACCUUCUUCCACUUCAUCGCUUCGGGUCUCCACCACGGUUCCCUCGCGAAGACUCUCUCCUCUGUUUUCCCUUCUCUGAGUUUCAAAGUCUACACCUUCGACGAAACCAUCGUCAAGAACCUCAUCUCUUCUUCGAUAAGACAAGCUCUCGAUAGUCCCUUGAACUACGCAAGAAGCUACUUGUCCGAGAUUCUCUCGUCAUGUGUUCGUCGCGUGAUUUACCUCGACUCAGAUGUGAUCGUGGUCGACGAUAUCAAGAAACUGUGGAAGGUUUCUUUAACCGGGUCGAGAACCAUCGGCGCACCAGAGUACUGCCACGCUAACUUCACCAAUUACUUCUCAGAUCGUUUCUGGUCAAAUCCAAAACUCUCGACCGUCUUUGACUCCAAGACGCCUUGCUACUUCAACACGGGAGUGAUGGUGAUCGAUUUAGAGAGAUGGAGAGAAGGAGACUACACGAGGAAGAUCGAAAGCUGGAUGAGGAUUCAGAGAGAGGAGAGGAUUUACGAGCUGGGUUCGUUGCCGCCGUUUCUUCUGGUGUUUGCCGGGGAGAUUGAGGCUAUUGAUCACCAGUGGAACCAGCACGGUCUAGGUGGAGACAAUGUGGUGAGUAGUUGUAGAUCUUUGCAUCCUGGUCCGGUGAGUUUGAUACAUUGGAGUGGGAAAGGGAAGCCGUGGGUGAGGCUUGAUGAUGGUAAGGCGUGUCCUGUUGAUUAUUUAUGGGCUCCUUAUGAUCUUCACAAGUCACAGAGACAGUAUCUUCAAUACAGUCAAGACUUAGAUAUUCUUUGAUUCAUUCUACAUUUUUUUUUGUUGGUACAAAGUUUUGAUCUUUUUCUGAUGUAAAUAAAACUGAAAUACAUUGAGGAUUUACCUAUUCUGUUGCUCUA